AAAUUGCGUAAUACCGUAAAUGCGCUACGUGUAUCACGUGUCAAGAGGACGUAGUUAGGUCCGUUCUAUCCCUUGGGAACUAGCCACUACCCAUCUAUAAGACUGGUUUAUAUAGUACACUUUUAUGUUUACAUUUUUGUUUAGAUAACUAGAGGCAAGCAAACAAGGAAGUUUGAUAGCAUUAUAAAUGCAACGCUUUGGUAAAAUAUGAUAUUAAUGCAGUUCAUCAAAGUAAUGGCAACCAGACUGUGAAUGCUCCAACGCAGCUGCCUGCCAUAGUAAAACAUAGGACAUAUUUAACUGGAUUAUGCCAAAGAAUGUAUAACACAGUAAUAUAUUUAAAGGGAAGAAUCCUUAAUGAAUGACCGUUGCCUCAUGCUUCUCUGAGUGGUCAAGUGCACAUUCCCUGAAUGAAGAAUGCCAGAGUCGCAAGAUGCCAAGGAUCAAAACACUGAUGACCAUUUAUCAUUGGCCAUCUUGCUUCAAUGCAGUCACUACUCUGCUGCCUGAAGAAGCCUGGUUGAAGAGAAGAAAAGACAGACUGAGAAGAGUUUGACUUCAAAGAGAGUGGAGGAAUUAGUGGAGCAAGUGGGAGAAAGAGAGAGAGAAGAGCAGUGGAGAAGUGAAUGUGAAGCGAGCGGUUUAACACCUGUUACUUAGGAAGAAGAAUGUAUAAGUCUGGUUACUUAAAAAAGGGUCUUGAGAGCUGAGGGUAGAAGACGACUGUAGGUGGGUGGGACUCUAGUUAAUCAAGAACGUACAGUGUAACCAUUUUAUAUAUUAAAAUGGUAUCUGGUUCUGAUUCAGUAACUGCUGAUACAUUAAUUUUAAUAGUGUCUAGUAGUAAUGUGUUAUAAAGCUUGAUGGUAGAAAGCUGUAGUAUUUAGAAGUUUAAGAAAUAAGUUUAAUUGAAAUGGAGGAACCAGAGCUUUGACAAUUGAUAUGCAUUGAUGGCUGAAAAAGUAUACAGAAAUGCUAACAGAAAUCAGAUUAUGAUUGCUGAAUGAUGCAAAAAAGAGGCUUCUUAAAUGUUUUAAUAGCCGGAAGCUGGCUAAAUGAAGAUAGGUUACUCUAAUUUGGUUUAAUUUAAAAUUAAAAAGUGUGAUUUACAGGAUUUUUAUUGGUCAGUUCUUAUUAAUGCAACUUGCUAUAAAUAGGCUCUUUAGGAAAGUUUUGUACAAAAAACUUAAACUUUUUAGAAGCAAAUAUGAAGGGCACAAUGUCAUCUUCUUUGCAAUAAGGCUUCAUUUUGUAAACCGAUCUUAGUUUUGUAAUGUAAAAGACCAAACAGAAUUGAGCAAUUAGUAUGAUUUCAUGCUGUAAUUUUAGACAUUGGAAUCAAAUGCAAAGUUUUUCUCAGUAGUGCCUGGAAAUAACACUGCAUUAUUGUAAGGACAUAUAUUUGUUUCUCAGUUUCAAAAACACUGCCUGUUUAAAAAUGGAAGCUCAGGUGGUUCAUGAGGAAGAGAAAAAAAAUUAUGAAGAGGAAGCAGUAAAUGUAGAAUGUCCUAAUCUUGAAAGCUCAGAGGUUGUUGAUCGUAGUAAACCUGCUGGCUUGAAGCAAGGCAGUGAAGGGGGGCAUGAUAAUAUUGUCUUAGGAGAAAAUGUUUUAGAGAAUGAGGCAGGUCCCCUGAUGUCUGAAUCAGAUAAAGCUAUUACUUUAACUAACAAAGACAAUGGGAUUAUUGAAGGGGAAACCAGAGAAAGGCCUCUGAUUGAACAAGAUCAAAAUCUUGAAAAGAAGGCAGAGGCAAAGUCUGUGGAAAUACUUCAAAAUAUUUGUGAGGCUGAAUCAUCAUUGUCCAUCUCCAUUGAUGGAACCAAAGGGAUUGAAUUGGACAAAUCAGAACACCUGUUUGCAAAGAAUGUGAAUAGUAAAGAUCCGCCAGUUGAGGUAAUGAGCAGCCAGGAUCAGAGCAGUGAUAAUUGCCCAGAGUCCUCUGACUAUGAUGCAUGUGAACCAUCUGGAUCAUCUGACACUGGAGGAGCAUGUUCUGUCAGUACUCUUUCAAAGUUACCAGUUGGUGAUCCAUUGACCACUUACUACUAUGUGAAGUGGAUUAACUGGAAGGGUGAGCGGACUCCAGUUAUCAUGCAAAGUGAGAACGGGCCCUGUCCUCUCUUGGCAAUUAUGAAUAUACUCUUCUUACGGUGGAAGGUUAAGUUACCUCCUCAAACGGAACUCAUAACCACGGAAGAGUUAAUGGCUCAUCUUGGAGAAUGUAUCUUAUCCAUUAAGCCAAGAGAGAACCAAGAAGGAGUUCAGCUUAACUUUCAGCAGAAUAUGAGUGAUGCAAUGGCAGUACUCCCCAAGCUUUCUACAGGGCUGGAUGUGAAUGUCCGUUUUACAGGCGUUUCCCACUUUGAAUAUACUCCAGAAUGCAUCAUGUUUGACCUUCUGGAUAUCCCUCUUUAUCACGGAUGGUUGGUAGACCCACAGAGCCCUGAAGUAGUGCAAGCAGUUGGAAAAUUGAGUUAUAACCAGUUGGUGGAGAAAGUGAUCACAUGCAAGCACUCCAGUGACAAUAGCAUUGUCACAGAAGGUCUAAUUGCAGAACAGUUCUUGGAGUCUACAGCUUCACAGUUGACAUACCAUGGACUUUGUGAGCUGACAUCAACAGCCAAGGAAGGAGAGCUGUCUGCCUUUUUCAGAAACAAUCAUUUUAGCACUAUGGUAAAAAACAAGGGUCAUCUCUAUUUACUAGUCACUGAUCAGGGGUUUCUGCAUGCAGAGAAGGUGGUCUGGGAAAGUCUACAUAAUGUGGAUGGAGAUAGCUGCUUCUGUGACGCAGAAUUCCACCUCAGCCAUACACUGGAGAAAGAAGUUGAUCCAUGUGGCAGUGAACUUCAGCGACAAAUUGAUCAGGAUUACAUGGUUGCCCUGUCCUUACAGCAACAAGGUGGUCCAUCCACAGUGAAUGACUUGGAAUUGGCUAGGCAGUUGCAACAGGAAGAAUAUCAGCAGCAGCAGCAGCAACAGCAGCAGCCGCAGCAGCACCAACAGGUGAGACAGCAAGUAGUGGGACGUCAGAGUGGAGAAACCAGGCAGCGCCAGAAACAAGAUUCUGAGUGUUGCAUCCUGUAACUGCUUUUUAGCUGCAUUGCCUGUUUCAGCUACACAUCCAUAAGGAUACAUAUUAUAAAAGAGCACUGUAGAGAGGUUACUUGCUUUUUUCCCCAAAACAAGUGAUGCAUUAGGUUCCUAUAUGUUGUAGCCUCUAAAGCAGCUGUAUGCUGUAUAUUUAUACUUGUCUUUUUGCUUUACUCACUCAGGAAAAGAAGCCUUGAAAUCAUUAUUACAGCAGAACGCACAGUGUUAUUUCAUAUUGUGGGAGAGUUGUAUGUAUUCAUAUUAGGGUAGAUUUAUUUUAUAAGGAGCACUGUGAAGAUACUGCUACUGAAUCUAUGGCAGGGUUAGUUCUUCUCCCAUUGCCAAUUAGCACCUUGGCAUCCAUUCAGGAUGGAGCUAUUUUUGUCAUCUGCUUUAUGAAUUAAGUACAUCGUUGAUGAGAUGCUCAGCCCCUCGCACCACCACUGUCAAAGACAAAGUUUUGUUCAUAUCUUCUGGUAUUAUUUGGGUGUUUAGAAAAAGACUUACUUCUUAACACAGUGGUAACGAGUGUUCCCUGCAUACUUACAUACAGUGACAAUUUUCUUGUACUUGUACAAAUAAAAAAAUUGAUUACA